AUGGAAAAUAGUAGAUAUUCUCAAAAAUCUUUUGAUUAUGUUACUAAAGCGUUGAGUGAAGUGAUUAUUGAUCAACAAUAUAUGUUUGAGAAACAAAAUAAAAAAUUGGAUUCUGUAGAUAAUGCAAUAAAUUAUUUAAAACAAAUUUUAAAUAAAUGGGAUGAAGAUUCUCGUUUAAUUAUUUCUGGUUCACUUUUAUUAAAUGCCCAGAUUUUUGGUUCAGACAUUGAUUGCCUUGUUGUUUUACCUAAUAAACAAAUAGAAAUUAAUAAUUGGGAAAUUAUUUUUGAAGAAAAAUUUUUUGGAAAAAUUUCUAAUAAAUGUAACAUUAAAUUGAGAAAAUGUGAGGAAGAAAUGGAUAAUUCUCUCUAUUGUUUACUUUGUAGAGAUGUCAGAAUUCAAUUUAUCAAAAAAAUUCCUGGUCGAGUACCUUUAAUUAAAAUUAAUUUUCUUGGUUAUGAUUUUGAUUUAAUUUUUAUUUUAUUUUCAAAAAAUUUAUUUAACCAAAUUAAUUCAAUUUAUCAAAAUAAUAAACAACCAAAAAUAAAUGAAAUUGAUGAUAUUAUUGCAAAAUUUGUUUUUGAAUUGGGGGGACCUGAAGAAAUAAAUAAUGGAAAUAAUAAACAUUUUGGGAUGGUUUUGGCACUUUCUGGUUAUCGUUCAAAUUUACAAAUAAAUUUAAUGACAGAAUACAACAAACAUUCAUUUCGUUUAGCAUUAUUAACACUUAAAGUUUGGGCAAAAAGUAAGUCAAAUAAAAAUUUUGUUCGAAACAUGUUUUACUAUAGAAAAAAGUCAUUUUAA